GCGAGAGAGUGAGAAAGUUGAACGCUGAGUCUCUCAGGCAGUGUCUCAGUCAGUGUUGCCUGAGACGCGAAGGUACCAGGUUGUUGUUCGAUCGUUGGUGCGCCGCCGCCACUCUGCUUUGGAUAUGCGCCGCUGAAAGUGAAAUUAUAUUUAUUUACACUCGACAUACAGAAAGACUCUUUCCAAUUUACUUGGAUCAUCUGAAACGCAAAUCAACACACAAAAAUUAUAAUGCAGCGCGCAAAGUUUUUGGACAAACUUAAGAGUGGAUACCUGAGGAAGUGGUGGUUGGUGAUUUUAGUAUCGUUGGUGCUGCUGUCAUUCGGUGCCUUGGUCGCCGUUUUCUUCUCCCAAUGGGUGCAGUUUUUCAUUGGACAUGAAAUCACGUUGCGUCAGGGCUCGCAAACAUUCAAAUGGUGGAGACAACCGCCCAUCGAGCCACUCAUGAAGAUCUACAUUUACAACGUGACUAAUGCCGACGAGUUCCUCAUUGACGGAGCAAAACCUAUCGUCCAAGAACUUGGACCUUAUGUUUACAGACAAGAAUGGGAAAGGGUGAACGUCGAGUUCCACGACAACGCCACCGUAACCUUCCAGCAGCGCAAGGUGUUCUACUUUGACGCCGAAGCAUCCGCUGGAGAUGAGGAGGACAUGGUCGUUGUCCCCAACAUUCCCAUGCUGAGCGCCACCUCGCAAAGCAAGCACGCAGCUCGCUUCCUGCGACUCGCGAUGGCCUCAAUCAUGGACAUCCUCAAAAUCAAACCCUUCGUCGAAGUCAGCGUGUCUCAAUUGCUGUGGGGCUACGAAGACCCUCUUCUGAAACUGGCCAAGGACGUCGUCUCCAAGGACCAGAAACUGCCUUACGAGGAGUUUGGUCUAUUCUAUGGCAAAAACGGCACCUCAAAUGACAUCUUGACCGUCUUCACUGGCAAGGGCGACAUCACCAGGUACGGUCUGAUUGACCGCUUCAACGGCAAGACCCACCUUCCCCACUACAAGACGGAGAGCUGCAACCGGCUGAACGGCAGCGACGGCUCCCUCUUCCCGCCCAACAUCACCCCGAACACGACCCUGUACGUCUGGGACAAGGACAUGUGCCGUCUGCUGCCCCUGCACUUCCAAAAGGAGGUGGUCACCAACGGCGACGUCCUCGGCUACAGAUUCUCCCCGCCCGAAAACGUUUUCUACGACCCUGAACACAACCCCGAAAAUGAUUGCUUCUGCCCUCAGGGACCACCCUGCGCACCCAACGGCCUCUUCAACGUCAGCGCCUGCCAAUACGAUUCUCCCAUCAUGCUGUCCUUCCCUCACUUCUACCAAGCCGACCCUGAGCUGCUCAAGAUGGUCGAUGGUAUCAGCCCCCCUGAAAAGGAAAAGCAUCAACUUUUCAUCGACGUUCAACCUCAAAUGGGCACUACCCUGAGAGCAACCGCCCGUGUCCAGAUCAACCUUGCCGUGAGCCAGGUUGUGGACAUCAAGCAAGUUGCCACUUUCCCUGACAUCAUCUUCCCUAUCUUGUGGUUUGAAGAUGUGAUCUCUGGUCUGCCUGGCGAGGUGACGGACCUUCUGCACCUGGCGACAAACGCGCCGGCCGUGGCCAAGUCAGCGUUGUCGUUUGGUCUGUUCGUGAUCGGCGGCGUCCUUCUGGUGAUCUCUGUGUUCUGCCUCAUCCGCAACAGCAACCGGCAGGAGACGCUGACCCUCGAGUCGAGCACCCACUACGUCAACAAGCCGCCCAACCCCCGACCACCCCGCAACCUGAUCCCGCCCUUCCCCAACGGCACCCCCAAGAAGGAGCCCGUCGACGUCCUUAACCCCGGUUUUGUCGCCGACAGCAACGAAAUGUCGUAAAAAGACUUUGAAAAAGAUAUUGGAUCAUAUUGGACCAUUUUCCGCAAGAGUGUUGUGUAAUUUUUUUUUAUUGAAUACCAAGAAGUGCCACGAAAGAAGUUAAGGACCUUAAUAUUUUAUUUUUCGUCUCCGCUGUACCCCCGUUUAACCCUCCGUAAUUAAAGGGUUUGGAAACUUUCAAUAAUUUUAUUUAUAAUAAAGAUUCUGAAAGAACUUUGCAAAGUGAUCUGAAUUUUUUUAUAAAAUAUUUUUGAAGAAAAAUUGAAAAAGUUAAAAGUUCAUUGUUUGGACACCAUUUUGCAUUAAUUUUGGGAUUUUUUAAUUUAACAAAUAGGCAAUUUUGUGCGAAACUUUUGAAUAUUUGCGGAAAUAAUGAUCUAAGAGUAUUUUAAAAAAAAAUUUAACUUGCUCUGAAAGUUUCCAUAACCUUUAAGAUCAAUGAAAAUUGUUGAGUGACAAGACGGGCCAUUUCUCUCAGCUUGUUCUAGCUGGUGAUAUUAUAUUUGACAGGGAGCACAAGUGCUGAUUGGGAAACGAGUGCUUUUGCAAUUUUAUGAAAUUUAUUUUUGACAUUAAAUUUUAUAUUUGAAAAUUUUGACAAAAUUGUGAUAUAAAUCUAUUCCACUUUUAGGCGCGGAGUGCAAUUGUUGCAAAAAAUUCAUACAAAAUGUAAAUUGAACCAACUGGAAUUGGUAAAAAAAAAUGUGUGACACUAAAUUGCUUGGAAUAAUUUUGUAUAACUUGCAGUUAACGUGUAUUUAAUUAGGGACAGGAAGGACUAACUUUAUAAACAAAGUUUUAUAUAAAUAUUUAUAAUGCAAAAAACUUAUAUCUCUACGACCACCUGAAAAAGAUUUGACUCCUUUUAGUUAAGAUAAUUAAUACGUCGUGAAAGUGCCUUAUUAUUUAAAUAAUGAUUUUUUUUCCUUUUUAAAUAAUAGUUUUUAGAAUUUUCUAUGCUGCUACGAAAAGCUCAAAUAAAUGUUAAGAGUGCACGACCUAUUGUAAAAUUCCGUCAAUACGCACUUAAAACAAGAACAGGCCUAUAAUUAUUUUGUAAAAUAUUUUAGUUUGACGAAAAUUAAAAAAGAAAGUUGCAGAAACGUUCAAAAAUGUAUCAUACAAAAUAUAUGAAAAAAGUUAUAUUUUUAAACUACAGAGUGGAAGUGAAAGACAAAAUAAGUGAACUGUGCUGAUUUUUUUCCCAAUAAACUUAAAAAACUGUACAGAAUUUGCCAAUAAAAACCUCUUUCA